GUUCGACAGCGUUCAGUUGGACAUCUUGCAUGAGCGCAUGCGCCAGUGCUGCUCGGCCGAGUGGUGCGGUGAUGACGCCAGCGAGCAGCGCGGUUCGACCAUCCGUUCAACUUAACCACGAGGACGAGCUCGAGGCCGCUGCAAACCUGAAACCCGUCAGCACGCCCAGCAUGUCCAUCUCGGCCGCGCCGGAACUGUCACUCUCGGCCGAGGAGAAAGAGGCCUAUCCUUACUUCUUCCGACAAGCCGAUAUUGAGCAGAUGGGCGUCCUCACAGGCGAGACCGCCGUCAAGUUCUUCGCCAAGUCUCACCUGCCAGGCGCUACCCUCGGCACAAUCUGGUCCGUUGCCGACUCUGGCAAUGUUGGCUUUCUCACGCCAGAAGCAUUCAACGUCGCCCUCCGACUCAUCGCGCAUGCUCAAUCGGGAUCAUCUCCCGCCAUCAACGAGGCAACCGCUCGGAAAGCGACCAGUCUGCCUACCUUUCAGGGCCUCACGCCUCCCAAGGCGAGGACGAGCAGCGUGCAAGCGACGACGCCCAGUCUAACGAUUGCGCCAGAGGACAAGGGCAGAUUCUUGCGUAUGUUUGCCGGCGCAGGCGCAGUCAACGGUCUGCUAGAUGGAGAGAAAGCAAAGGAUAUCUUCAUCCGAUCCCAAUUACCCGUCGAAAAACUCGGUGAGAUAUGGACACUGGCAGAUCGCCAGGCACGGGGGAGCCUCGACGCAACCGACUUUAUCGUCGGAAUGGCUCUCAUCCAAGCUGCCAUGUCCGGCAAGCUCCAGACGAUCCCUUCCACUCUUCCGGCAUCCUUCUAUGCUCAGGCUUCCGCCGGUGCAGUGCCGGCCAACCCUCCGACGCCUCAGCGACAGAGCUCCAGUAUGCUACCCAACAUCAACAGACAGAGCACCGGCUCGAUCGGGAGCGCUGCCCCCAUCAUACCCCGUCAGAUCACAGGCAAUCAACAAGCCGCUAUACCCCGUCAGCUGACCGGUCAAGCUUCACCGGCACGACAAUUCAGUCAGACCAACAUCAUGCCUCGUCAGACUAUCUCGCCCAGCACCACCGGCACGGGCAGCAACAACAUGUACAGUCUCUUCCAGUCGCAACAGAAACAGCAGCAGUCUCUCGCCUGGGAUAUCACACCCGAGGACAAGUCGAUUGCUGAUGGCUUCUUUGACGAGCUCGAUCCCUCCCGGCAGGGCUUCAUAGAGGGCCAAGUCGCCGUGCCAUUCUUCCUCCGUUCGGGCCUAUCGGAGGCUAUACUUGCACAAAUAUGGGAUCUCUCUGAUGUCCGAAGCGAGGGUCGACUGGAUCGCGAGGAGUUUGCUAUCGCCAUGAGACUCAUCACAGACACUACGAACGAUAAGGUUGUACCGACGACGCUGCCCGCAUCCCUCGUACCGCCCAGCAUGCGAGCUCAACAGGCGCCUUCAGGUCUGCCCAAUGCUUUCGUUCAGGCACCUACGGGCCCUCAGCGCGAUCUGCUCGAUAUGGAUGACAACGAUGAUGAUCCUAUCACCUCUCAGGCCCUCACGAGCAGCCCUGUGCCCGUCAAACGAGGUCUGAGUAGUCCCACGCCUGCCGCAGGCACACCUUUUGCUCCCACGUCUGCAUUUGGCAAGACAAUGACCGCGCCUAAUUCUGCUCCAUCGCCCGGUACAUCUGCUACCGCACCAGCCAGACCCUCAACUAGCGCGACGCCCUCGUUCAUGGCUCCCCCUGCCCUCAAACCGCAAGGCACCGGCAACUCGCUCAAGAAAUCCGUUGGCUUCUCUGAUAAUUUUGCAAGCGCUCCAUCGCCCAUCGCCUCAGCUGCAGAAGACAGCGAAGAGGAGGAGGAAGAUCCAGCAGAGACGCAACGCCAACUGACAGAAGCAGAAAAGACAGAAGAGAGCUUGCGAACAAAGCGUACCAAUUACGCAAAAACUGUCGGAUCGAACGACGAGAUGGUGUCAAGUUUAAAAACAAAGCUCGUAGAGACAAAAGCCGCUCAUGAGACACAUCAGAAGACGAUCGUCGAGUUGCAAGCUCGGCAAAAGCAACAGUCAAUCGAAUUGGCAGGCUUGAAGGAGCAGACCAUCAGUGCAGAGAGCGAGCUGUCCGCCCUCCGGCUUGAGCGUGAUGAGAUAGAGCAGACCCUCAUGCGCGGCAAGGAGGAAGUGAGACAGCUACAGGCUAGAUUGGAAUCUGUCACAACUGAGACAAACGGUCUCAAGGCGUCUAUAGAGCAAGCCAAGAAGGAUGCCCGGCAGCACAAGGGACUUCUUGCUAUCUCACGCAAACAGCUCGCUACGGCAGAGCUCGAGCAAGACAAGGCAGCCGGCAGUCUUGCAGAAGCGCAAAAGGACGUGGAAGCUUCUGCUGCUGCUCUGCCUGCCCAUGCUUCGCCAAUCGACAGUCGAGGUUUGUCUCCCGAUGUGGCUAGCCCAUCGUCGGUGAAGAGCAGAAACCCGUUCGACUCAUUUGCUCCGCCCGUCAAUGCAGAGCCGUCUGCUCAGAGAAGUAGCGGCCAUCUGAGUCCGGUGACAGCGGCGGCCGGAGGCGCAGCAGCGACCGGACUGGCGACAGGCGUCGCCGCACUGGCAGUUUCUGAGCAUGGACAAUCGUCUGAGCACGCGGCAGCAGGCCAAUCGCAAUCACCAUUUGACACUGGCUUCGAUGAUGCUUUCGGUGAAGAUCUACCUGCCGCCAGCACGAACUCGAACGCUGCAGCACCUCCGACGUCUUUCGACGACGCUUUUGCUGCAUUUGAUGAGCCUUCUGCCCCCAACGGCGCAUCAGACAGAGCCCUCGAGCCAGAUUCUCCUGCAACGAUAACAGAGACAGCUGCGGCGGCUCCCAUAGCUUCUCCAGAUGAGCAAUUCUCCGAGGCCGCACCGACGCACAGCCCUACCGAUGCACUCUCACCGACGUCGCAGCAGACUACCAUCCCUGGCGGCUUCGGGUCUGACCCGCUUGAAGUCGGGAGCGAUAGCGAGGAGGAGGACGAAGGACCGGAAGAUGUUCAGCCAAGUCGCUUCGCUCAUGCACGCAAUGAGAGCGACACAUCUGCAUAUGACGAAGCUCUCUCUUCGCCCAGGCAUGACCUCAGCGUCGGAUCUGCUCUUGGUGAUGUGCCAGCUUUCACUGCUGCUCCGGCCUUCUCCGCAACGCCCAAGGCAGUAACACCCGCAACAACUGGUCAAUCGGCUGGCUUUGGACCUUCCGGCGAAUUUGAGGAUGCGUUCUCGGACCUUGAAGCCCCACGAGCUGCUCAAGACACAACCUUUGGCAGUGCCGAUGAUAGUCAUGCAUUCGAUGCUGACUUUGACAAGGCGUUCGAUCCUAGCUUUGCCGAGCCUCAAACGAAUGGCAACAAGUCUGUAGCCUUUGACGAUGCCUUUGCUGGUUUCGACUCGCCCGCACCCAGCGUACCCAGUAGCACGGCCGCGGCGCCAGGAUCGAGCUUUGAUGAUUUCUUUGGCAGCCAGAACCAACCUCAAGGCAGCUCUUCUUCACCAGCGCCACCCUUCAGUGUGGCUACUCUUGCGCCGCCGAUCAGCUCUCCUCCGAGCAAUUCGCGUUCGCAACGGGGACCGGCGCCGAAGCUGCCUGAGCGGACGACCUCGCCGACCCAGUCAUCGACAAAGGACUCUGCUGCUGUGAAGGAACUUACCGCAAUGGGCUUCUCACGCACGGCUGCAAUCCAAGCGCUUGCAAAGUAUGACAACGAUCUUGCGAGGGCCACGAACUAUCUAAUCGAUACAUGAGAGCGUAGACGGACAACAGAUGGUGGUUCUUGUAAAUGCGUUCAAAGUCACUUUUGUGCUUGCGUUGCUUUCGGCGGUCUUUACUUGCUACAUAUUGCGGGUUCUUUGUUAUUCCAUUGAGAUUCUGAUAGCUUCGUCUCGCCCUCAUCGAGCAUGAAGCCUGCCAUAUCUUCGCGCGAUAGCCAGAGACUGACGCCAGCCGCGCCACUGCCGCCGACGUAGCCAGCGCUGUAGCCUGAACCGCCAUAGGUCGACAAGAAAGGUAUGCGGACGAGCGUGAUGUCGGCUUUGCCUUGUUUGAUGGCAUUGCGGGAGACCUCC